GCAUGAUCUUAAUUCCUGUUCCGUAUCCAAUUGAGCCGAGAGAUCAUUGUUUGUCCCUUCCCCUUCCACCCCUCUCACACACUACAACACCCCAAGCCAAAUCAAAACUGUACUGAAGAUUCCCCAAAGCGGUAGCAAUCGGCUCGGCCACGCAGUUCCGCCUCAUGGGCAGCGCCAUCGGCUUGGCAGUAGCAACCAGCAUCCUGAACACCUACCUCCGCUCACACCUCUCCCGGUUUCUCUCCGCCCCUGAGCUCUCUUCCCUACUACAGAACACACAAAAUGUCAGCACGUUGAGCGUCGAGAAGCAGGAAUUGGUAAGGAGGGUUUUUGGCGAGGGCUACAAUCUGCAGUUUCGGAUCGCGACUGGCGUGGCCGGAGCGCAGUUCUUCGCGGCGGGGGUUAUGUGGGGGAGGAGGAAUGUUGUUUGAUUUGACUUUCUGUUGGGUCUAGUUGCGAGAAAGGCAUGAUAGGUAGAAGAGAAGGAGAGACAAUGAUGGGCGGAAAGAUCCAGCUGAAUCUUGUGGGACGAUAGGAGGUCAAGUAGAGUGUACGGCACACCAAGCAGGGCUUGAGAUUACGUGAGAAGUGAACUGGGAGGUACCUCAUACCAGAUUAUGGGCAUCUUCCCAACUGUCAAAGAGCCAAUUAUUCAUACCAUCGAAAUCGAUCAUCGUAU